UCUAUUUAUUUGUGUUAAUGCUGUGUUAAUAUCGUCAUGAAGACGUCAAAGAAGAGCGGCACUACUUCUAAAGUUAGUGCUACCUGCAGUACUACUAGUACUAGUAGCAGCAGCAGCAUCAGUACUGCGACCGUUCGACCGAAGGCAAAGGCACCACCGACGAUGGCCAAAUACUCGUUCGCUUACGUGCGGUACUUGGAUGACAACAAGCUGAAGAUCGUCCCACUAAGUGAUAUCAAAAGAUUUGAUGCAGAAACUCACCACACAGAAAAGACAUAUAUGAUCAAAUGGACGAAUGAGGAUGCUGACGACAGCGAUGUUGAGAUGGAGGGAGACAUGGGAGAGGAUGACGAUGAGCCGCAGUAUUUCAAGGCCCAAAUAUUGAAACUAUCACAUUCUAUGGAGGCUCUGGAAAAGUGUAUAAGAGAAGGGACACGAGUGGUGUUUAGAAAGCGGCGCCUCCUUGACACUAGUGUUGAGCAAACUUCCGAUGAAGAAGGUGUUGCAGCAGUUUGCCCCGCAAAGAGAACAUUAGACUUUGCUCAAGUAAAAAAGAAAAAACAGGCUGAACAGCAAGUAGCAUCCCGAAAUAAGGAGAUUAGCUCCAUCAUGGAGAAAUUGGUUGCUAAUAAGAAGCCGCUGGUCUUACCUCAAGCGGCAAGUGGCACCAAAGGCAAAGCUACCGGUACUCAACAGGCAGCGGAACUGGGGGCGUUAAAGACAAAAUUGAAGGCCAAAACAAAGGAGAAUGUGGAGCUCAGAGAAAGAGUCAAGAAGGUGACUGAACUAAACAUGAGACUCCAAAAUGAGAUCCUUGAUUUAUUUGCAAAACAGUCAAGGAUGACGGUAUCUGGUCCAUCUACCUCCACGCCCAUCCUACACUCAGCUGCCCCUUCAGCAGACUCGGCUGCCCCUUAAACUACCCCUACCCCAACUGCUACCCCGACUGCUACCCCGGCUUUGAUCCAGGAAAACAUGGCAGAACCAACUCAGCCAAGGACCGAAGAGAAUCUCUUCAUUCCAGUAGAUGGAAAAGUUUCCCUCGGAGAGAAUGUCUCGCUGACAGGUCAGCAGUGGGAGUUAUUGGCCCGCCAACGAUCUCAUUCGAUGUUUGUUAAGACGUUGGCGGUCAUGAUUUGGGGAUCUGGAGUCCUUAAAGAUCGAAGCGUUCAUGGCCGCAAAAAUCCCCGAAAUAAGGAGGCGCAGGUGAAGGCACCCCUGACUCCUGUUAAGUUGCAAGCAGUGAGAGCUUGCUACAACCAUCACCUAAAGAACAAAGGUAUUGAUGGAGAGGAUCUAACAAAAGAAAUGAGAAAGCUUCAUGCCAUCAUAUCAGAGAAGAUUCAGGAUCUGAACAGGUCAUAACUCAUCAGGGAAGUCCACUAACAUUAGCAAAAACAUGAACUGAUUUCAAUAACAAGAAAAAACUUAAGUUACUGAAAAUGUUAGAGGUGUGUGACACUAUCGUCUUUCUAUUUCAGUGUUGGACAUUUAAUUGCUUUGUGAAAAUUUUAUUAAAUUUUGACAAAUGUCAUUACUUUCUUAUUUUUACCUCUUUAUUUUGAUGACAUUUUAAUUGUGCUAUUAUCAAAUAAACUGUCAGGUGUAUGGACUUGUCCUUUAAAACUGUAUCUUUAGCUUUGGUAAAGGGUCAAUAAUCAUUGUGAUUUGUAUUCAAGUAUCUCCAUUCCAAUUUUACAUGAGUCCUGGACACGAGUAUAGUUGCGGAUUACUCUUCAACCACGAAUAGUCUGCAUUUCAAAUAUUCACAUAUUAGAUCUUAGAAAAUUAAAAUAUGAUCAAAAUCAGAUAUAAAAUAGAAAUUCAAUAUUUCAUCUCUAUGUUCUACGAAAUAUGAUCUUAUUUUAAGGGUUAUUUCGCCUUGAACAUUUGAAAUUGCCAUUUUUGUAACCAUAUGUGAUUCGAUGAAGAGUUAAAUGUCAAAUCUGAAAAAAGAAAUACUGUAUUCAUACAAUAUGAUAAAACUGUCAAAUGUUCAAAUCAUUUGGUUUGGAGAGAGAAGUUUAGAAUGAAAUUGUGCGUAAAAAACAAACUUUGAAAAUGUCAUGAAUUCCUUGUUACAUCCAAUUUCAAUUAAAUUUUCAGUGUUUUUUUUUCUCUCAAUUAUUACUUAACAUGACGUUAAUGUUUUGACAAAUCUCUAAUUUCUCGGUUUAUAUAUUCUUGGUCAGUGAAUUUGCAGAGUUGCCUUGCCCUGUAAUGUCUUCAUCCCUGGUCUGCGCUUCGUUCUGUCCUAGCUUGACAAAAUUCAGGUGAUUUGAAAAAGUACAAACUAGUCAAAUUUAAUCAAAAUUUGCCGAUAAAAAAAAAAGAUGGAAACUACAGUAUUUUUCUGAACUAAAUAUUGAUUAGAAACAGCCAUGUGAAGUCAUUCUUUAUUUUACUUUCUUCCAGCAAUCAAUCAGAAUGGUUAAAAUGUAAUAGCAUGCAAAGUGAAAGGUAUAGAUGUGACAUCAUCAGCUUUCAUUAGGAAGAGAACUGUAUAUAAAGCAAAAAUAAGAUAAAUGUCUUUGAUUUUAACGAAUUUUGCUUGUUUGGUAUAAUAUUCAAUUGCAGUCAGGAGUUACUGUUUGACACUUAGUACCCUCCAGGCACAUCUUGUAAUUUUAUAAUAUACAAAAGAGGUGAUAUGACAUCCAACAUGUGUGAAAUGGUCAAAUAUUUUGCUUGGUUAAUAUUAGCCUAUUCAAAUCUUCUAUUGUUAAGCCUCAUGAUCCCUCUACAUCCCCCCCCCCCCC